AUGCCGUGGACGCAAAAAGAAGACUACUGGGAAGCCCCCCUAGACGUACAUGAACAAUUCUUCAACCAAAUAAAAAAUCUCACAAUCCCUACCGGCCGCGAAAACUGGAUGAUAUUGCUCAGCGCAGAACUAUCCUUUCCACCGGAAUUCGACCUCACAUCCCAACUCCGCAAAGCAUGGAAAGCAAUUCGAUUCCGACACCCGGGUAUCGCGUCCGAAAUUGACCCAAGCGGCCAGAAUAAGCGGUACUACCCCAUUCGCGAUGAAAGGGCACUAGAGUAUUGGGCUGCCACCACGUUCCUCGUGGUAGAAGAUAUACCAUCGGCAUAUGAGCUCCUUCAUGGCGGAAUCGUUCGAAUCGCACCACCACAAGCAACAUGCUAUUGGAUCCCAAAGAGCAACGAACUGGCACUUCUGUCUUCGCAUUGGCGCUGGGAUGCACAUGGAUCAUUGUGGCUGAUGCACGAUCUACUCUCGGAACUGGCGAGUCCAUCUCCAGUCUUUACCUUCACAGGACAAGAAGCGCGUAACCUAGCUCCAUCACUCGAUGAGGUGGUAGGUAUGCCUGAGAUGGAAGACUGGGAUCCAAACUGGGAAGUACAAGCGGCAGCACUGCACGCCGAUGCUGUGACUAGUGAUGGGACACCGGCGUUCACGAUGAGAGAAUACCCGCAGAUGUCUCCAGGCAAUACAGCCAGAAGCGAGAUAGUAUUCUCAGUCGCAGAGACGAGCGCUGUACUAGCUGUGAUCCGUGCACGUGGCUUGACUGUAACACCAGUCAUCAACGCCUCUGUGAUUGAAGAAGCGGUGUGUUGGAAUCCGAAGUCGGAUGCAUCGCGCUUUAUCUCUUAUGGGAUCUUUGAUCUGAGGAAGUAUUGCCCACCACCGAGUAAUGGGUCGACUGAGGCGGUUUCACAUCGGGUGCUUGGAUUACCCUUGAAUGUGCCGACACGUGCAUCGUGGGUCGAGUUGGUCAGGAUAUUGAAAGAGUACUAUGGACGGUCUUGGACGGAUGAGAGCGAUGCACUCUUUGUGCGAAGGGUUUUUGUUGAGCAGGUAUUAAGGAAGAUGGAAGAUCCAGGUGUUCAGCAUCCUGUUGUGUCGGAGCCGUACUUUAACAGUCUUGGGGUUGUGGAGGGGUAUUUGGGGCACAGGUAUGGAGAUGUGGAGGUGAAGUCUGUCGGGUUCAAUGACACGAAUAUUACGGCUGCAUUGGUUAUUCAUUGCUUUACCUGGAGGGGAAAGCUGCAUCUUAGUUUGGGAUAUAAUGAGGUUUUUCACGAGGCCGGAUUUGUGGAGGAGUAUCUAUUGGCUGUGAAGAACAAUGUUUUCGCAAAUCUGGGGUUGACGAUUAGCGAGCAUUAG